UAUAUCUAUACCUUGCUCUUUAGCUGGACUCUUGAAUGAUUAAAAUCUUCCCAGGGCCUCACUCGUCAGCCAGUUAAGAGAAACGUCCGGCAGCAUCACCAGCAGCUCGAGCACAGCGCGUAAAAGAAAGAUCCAAAUCACUUUACAGGCAAAUGGAAAAGGCGGGGAUGGAUCCCAGUUUAACGAGCACGACGCCUUUUUCAGUGAAGGAUAUUUUAAAGCUGGAGCACCACCAUGACUUUGAACACGAGUUCUUGAUGACUGAUCAAGUUGUCCCGAUGCAUUAUCGGCACGUACACGGUGCGUCCCGGAGCAGGGACAUUUAUGAGUGCCAGCCGGAGCCGUACGUCUCUGGGAUGCAGGAGAAGCUCGAUACUCACAACUCAGCAGCCGAAGACGAGAUAAAUGAACAAGAAAUAAGCGGUCUUCACAGUUCACCUGACUGUGGCAAGGACUCAAAAAGCAGACCCAGGCAGCGCAGGAAGCCCCGGGUCCUCUUCUCCCAGUCCCAAGUGUCCGAGCUGGAGAGGCGCUUCAGGCAGCAGCGCUACCUGUCCGCCCCGGAGAGAGAGCAACUGGCCCACAUCCUCAAACUCACCUCCACACAGGUCAAAAUCUGGUUUCAGAACAGGAGGUACAAAUGCAAGCGCCAAAGGCAGGACAAGUCUCUGGAGCUGGCGGGGUAUCCACCUGCACCGAGGAGGGUGGCGGUGCCGGUGCUGGUGCGGGACGGGAAGCUCUGCAGCUCAAGUUCACACUCAGCACCGUAUAAUGUGACUCUUGGACAUUAUAAUCCCGUGUUUGGAUAUGGAAACGGCAGUGUGUAUGGCUGCAGUUAUCACAGUGUGUCGCCUUCAGCCAGUAUGUCUAAUUACCACGUUAACAGCGAGGGGCCCUUCAACCACGGACAUUUCCAGGCUUCAUUACAGGGUGUCAAAGGCUGGUGAUAGAAAAUGGCCUGUAUGGUAGAAAGCUAUCAAAUAUUUCAGUAUGUCACAUUUUUUUAUGGAACAUUUUGUGUCUGUUGCCAGUUCUCUCAUGUUGGCAAAUUAAAAAUCAGCUUCUUUGUUAACACGUUCUAUUGUCCUUUAUUAUUGUUGUACGAUUAAACAUAUAUUUCACACUUUAAAUAGCAUCAGAUUCAGAUUUUUAAAUGUAAAAUGUAAUAUGGGUUAGAAAAAGCUUUUGAUAUUUAAUUUGUCGAAAUACAUUUACAUGCUUACACAUUUUUGUCCCUGGGUUAAUAUUAAAUCCUUUUCUUUUUGUGA